AUGACAGCUCCUCAAGAAACAUUCACAGUCGGCAUCGCAGGCCUCACCGGCAAAUUCGCCCGUCUCGUAGCCUCCUUCCUCCUCCAGCGUCCCAACGUAACCCUGCGUGGCUACGUCCGCGACCCAACUAAACUUCCCUCAUCGCUCUCUGCGAACGAGCGCAUCCACAUCGCCCAAGGCGGCGCCUACGACGUCUCCGCGGCCCGCACCUUCGCAUGGGGGUGUGACGUCGUCAUAUGUUGCUACCUGGGCGACGAUAGAUUAAUGACCGAGGGCCAAAAAGUGCUGGUCGAUGCAUGCGAAGCCGAGGGCGUGCCUAGGUAUAUCGCUAGUGAUUACACCCUCGACUUUACGAAGUUGGAGAAGGGGCAGUUGUUUCCAAAAGACCCGAUGAUUGAGGUCAAGGCCUAUCUUGAUGAGAAGAGUGUCAAGGGUGUUCAUGUCCUUAUUGGAGUUUUCAUGGACACAUUCUUUAGCCCGUAUUUCCAGACCUGGGAUGGAAAGGAGAAGAAGUUGAGAUUCUGGGGCGAGGGGGACGAGGUGUGGGAGUCGACAACCUAUAAGACCGCUGCAGAAUUUGUGGCCGCGGCGGCGGUAGAUGCGGAUGCGGUGGGGGUCAAGAAGUUUCUGGGCGAUCGCAAGACGAUCCGCCAAAUCGCCGAUGCUGUCAAUACCGUGUGCGGAUUUCAGCCGCAGCUUGAACGUCUUGGCUCCCUGGAUGACCUCUACAAGCUCAUGCAUGAGCUGCGGGAGAAGUAUCCUCAAGACCCUCUAAAGUACAUGGCAAUGUUCUAUCAGUAUUACUGCGUCAACGGCCAGUGUCACCUAGGGGAGUUUGCGAGCCUGGACAAUGCGCGCUACCCAGAGAUCAGGCCUGAGACUUCUGAGGAUUUCUUGAGGAGGACGCCGCUGGAGGCGGUUGCACAAUAG